CAAACGUAAGAAAAAAAAGUUGUAGAACAAGAAAAACUAAUGAAAUUCCACUUUCAGAUGAAUAUGCCACAAAUUCAUUUGAGACUCUAAGAACGACAACAGUUUAUUCAUCGGAAGUCCUGCAUAUGACAUUUCAUACAACAAUUUCUUCCUUUGAAACCUCGCAAAUUAACCCUGAUAUGAUGCUUUCUCCAUCUGCAAAUCUGCAGCCUACGUCUGAUUUGACAGUAUUUCCCAUUUCUGUACACACAGCGCCAUAUAGGACGUCUUCUGAUGUCCAAAACACUACGCUUUACAUGACAAUAUCUUCAUCAGCAACCCUUCAUACCUCACCUGAUUUGACAAUAUCAUCAGCAUCUCCACAAGCUAACACGACAUUGUCUUCAACUGCAGUGCAAUUUACUACGCCCGAUUUGACAAUAUCGACUCACUGUGGAUAUGCUAAGUCGAUAGAAGCCUCGUAUGGGUCUUCUGUUGGAGCUGCGUUUGCUGGUCUAAUCUUUGGUAUAAUAGUCACUUCCGCUGUCUGUGUGGUCCAACACAGAAUGCAUUGGAGGGCUAAAAAGGAAAACAUAACAGCUGUGUCUCAGGUCAUGUAUGAAAUGGAUUCUGUUCAGAAUCAACCUGUAUCAACGAGGCAGAAUGUUCAAAAGACUGAUAUCUACAAUGAAAUAAGCGACGAAAACCAUAAAUCGAGGAUUUUGCAAGUGAUGCCAAUAGUAAGAGGUAUUGGCCAAUCGAGUUUGGAUUCCAAUAAAUGUGGUGUUUAUAAUCAUUUGCAUGAAGAGUCUCCUGUGAAUAACGACAAUGGAAAUUACGACCACGCUCACUUUUCUGGAAAUGAACAAGAUGCAGAUCCGAAUCACUAUGGAAAACUAGAUAGAGAAGAAAUUACUGGAAACUACUCUGUAUUACAGAGAGAGAGGUUUGAUGUGGUGGAUAACACUGAAAAUAAAUCACGUGAAAAUUACUUUGUUCUGGAAAAAAAUUAA